UAAUUACGAAUUGGAAAAGAAAACUAGAAAUCUACAGAAAAUAGGAGGAGGAGGAGAAAACAGAGCCGAGAGAGGGAAUUUGGGAAGUGGGGCGAGCACAGAGAGAGCUGAAGAAGGAAGACAAGAGAAAGGUGUGCAGUUUUAAGUCGGUUUUGUUGAAUGGCGAGCAGGUAUUGGGUGGUGUCUCUGCCGGUCCAAAACUCGGCGUCGUCUCUAUGGAACCGUCUCCAGGAACAAAUCUCCAAGCAUUCCUUCGAUACUCCCCUCUACAGAUUCAAUAUUCCUAAUCUCCGUGUUGGAACUCUGGAUUCUCUUCUCUCCCUCAGCGACGAUCUCUUGAAGUCCAACAACUUUGUAGAGGGUGUUUCUCACAAGAUCAGGCGCCAGAUCGAGGAACUGGAGAGGGUUUCAGGCGUGGAGAGCAGCGCACUCACUGUCGAUGGUGUACCUGUUGAUUCUUACCUUACUAGGUUCGUUUGGGAUGAAGCCAAGUACCCUACAAUGUCGCCUUUGAAGGAGGUCGUAGACAGCAUUCAUGGUCAAGUCGCAAAGAUUGAGGAUGAUCUGAAGGUUCGCGUAGCUGAGUAUAACAAUGUCCGCAGUCAACUUAAUGCUAUCAACAGAAAGCAGAGUGGAAGCUUAGCAGUCCGUGAUCUUUCCAAUUUAGUGAAACCAGAGGACAUCGUUACCUCAGAACAUCUAGUGACCCUCCUUGCAGUUGUUCCCAAGUAUUCUCAGAAGGAUUGGCUAUCAAGCUAUGAAACCUUGACUAACUAUGUGGUCCCUAGGUCCUCUAAGAAGUUAUUUGAAGAUAAUGAAUAUGCACUUUACACUGUAACACUGUUCAAUCGGGUCGCAGAUAAUUUUAGAACAAGUGCUCGUGAAAAGGGGUUCCAAAUUCGUGAUUUCGAAUACAGUUCUGAAGCACAAGAAAGUCGAAAGCAGGAGUUAGAAAAAUUGGUACAAGACCAAGAAAAUUUAAGAAGCUCCCUUUUGCAGUGGUGCUAUGCCAGUUAUGGAGAGGUUUUCAGCUCCUGGAUGCAUUUUUGUGCUGUACGUAUCUUUGCAGAGAGUAUUCUGAGAUAUGGUUUACCACCAUCUUUCUUGGCAUGUGUCUUAGCUCCGACUACAAAAAGUGAGAAGAAAGUACGUUCAAUCCUUGAAGGGUUGUGCGAUAGUGGUAACAGUACCUUCUGGAAAACUGACGAUGAAGUUGGGGGAGCGAUGGCUGGUCUAGGAGGCGAUGCUGAUGCACAUCCAUAUGUUUCAUUCACAAUCAAUCUUGUUUGAAUGGGCGCAAGAUUGUCCUGUCAGUUUCGCAAUCUGAAUUUGAGUAUUCCUUUAGACAACAAUAACAGGGGAGCGGGGUAUUUGUAUAUUGGCAUUGAUAGCUAUAUUCUAUGUUUAUUUACUUAUAAUUGCUGCUUUGAGAUUUUCCGUGAGCGUUUAUCGGGAGGUGAACUUUACUGGGAUGCUCUUUCAUCUCAAAACUUUUAGUAGUCUUUUGUUUUGGUACUGAAGACUUGUAGUUGUUUUUUUCUUUCUGUUUUACUCACCCAUGAUAUCUGUAGAGCAUGAAACCGACGUUCUUGAUGUACCUCUUUUUUAUAAUUAUUUGAAAGAAAUUAUGCAAUAAA